AUGUUUUUCACCGGAAGUCUCUUUCGUCUCCACACCCUUGAGAUCUCUCCAUCGCUUCCUGGAGGAAAUCUCAGAUUCACUGUUUCUUACUCCGACUACGUGGCCCAAAACCUAGCCACCGCCUCCGGAAAAUCCAAUACAUGCCGAAUUUUUCACGAGGUUUUUUCUCAUCCUCGUAUAUUCCAGAAUCCCGACCGAGAUCCCGUCGCCGGGUACGGUCCGGCAGCAACGGCGGGUUCAAGGUGUUCGGUUUCGGCGUAUGCCACUCUUGCAUGUGAUUUUCUUGGCGUUGAGACCUCCUCUAAACCUUCUCCCCUCGUUGUUGGAUUCAUCUCGUUGGUAAAGUCAACGGCUACCGGUGGUGGCGUUGGUGGUGGUUCUGGGGUUUUUGGGAUUUUGCCGUUGAAGGCGUCUUCCAUGAUUCCGUUUUUCCAAGGGUCGAAGUGGCUCCCAUGUAACGAGAUUAACAGUACGGAGGUUGAUAAAGGCGGUACUAGCUCGACGAAGUCCAAUCAGACUACUACUGAUUGCGUGAAAACCUGCAAUGUUGCAAGUACCAAAAUCAUCGUUGAGAGGAACAAUUGGUUUUCAAAACUAUUAAGUGUUUGCUCCGAUGAUGCUAAGGCUGCCUUCACCGCUUUGAGUGUCAGUAUCUUAUUCCGAUCGCAAUUGGCUGAACCAAGAUCCAUCCCCUCUGCAUCCAUGAUCCCUACCCUUGAUGUGGGUGAUCGCAUAAUGGCCGAAAAGGUUUCAUACAUCUUUCGGAAGCCAGAAGUUUCAGAUAUUAUGAUCUUCAAGGCUCCUCCCAUUCUUCAGGGUCCACUUCCAGUGAAAAACAUUGUGGGUAGGUUAUAUGCAGUGAUUAGUUUUGAAACUUUAUGGAUCAUGGAUCUGUCAUCUGGUAUCAUUCAAGAAGUGGUCAAAGGAUCUUCAAAGAUUAUAGAGAUCUGUGGACAUUUGAUAAAGGAGAAAUCAUCCCUCGUAAAAGAAAUACUGCCUAGUCAGCAGCUGCCACAAAAUAAUUUCUCGGUGGAGGGUAUUUCACGUGCGGGUCUGCUUUAUUCUGUGUUUCUUGCAGAAACUUUGGAUGUUGUUCAAGACAUUGAUUGGGUCAUUUCUCUUGGAAAUGCUUUUGCAAAGCAGUAUGAGCUUUAUACAUAUGAUGAUGAGCAUUCUGCACUACUUCACAGGCUUAUUUUGGUGCUGGAUUAAGUGGAGUUCUAGCUUGGUGUGUGCGAGUGGGAAGGAACCAACCCAAUGCCCCCGGAGUUCUGGCACCUUCCAUCUUUACUUCCUAUGUAUCCAGGGUCUUGUUCAAUGAUUUAGUUGUGUUUGCUCUAAGGGAGAUCAACUUAUCAAAAGUAACCUUCUCAACAACAACAUUCUACUUAAGCAAGUGAGUAAUCAAGAUUAAGGGAGACUUGUAAUCAUGUUUGAAAUUCCUUUCCAGUAAGAAACAGAGUUGUAUGAUUAUUUGUUAGUUUUAUAUGAAUGUAUAACCCAUGUUAGCAAUGUAUUAUUUUUGUUUA